AUGGCUGACGCGUUGAGGGAGCGCACGGCGCAGCUACUGACUGACUACCUGGAGUACUGCGCCCGGGAGCCCGGCAGCCCCGCGCGGAUGCCGUCCACGCCCGAGGCCGCGGUGCUGCGCUACCUGGCCGCCCAGAUACGGCAGCGCCACCAGCGUUUCUUGUCGGCUUACCGCGGCUACCGCGGAAACCGCGUGGAACUGGUGGCGCGGUUGGAGCAGGAUUUACUCUCCAACCCCCAAACCCUCAGUUGGGGCCAUGUGGUAGCGCUCUUGACCUUCGCGGGGACGCUGCUGGAGAGACCGCCGCCGGGGACCUACUUGAACCUGACGCCGGGCCAGCAACAGGAGCUGGAGUGGGAGACCAACGUUGGCCAGGACUGCCAGCACCUGGUGGCUUUGCUCUGCAAUCGGCUCACCGGACGGCAUCGCGCCUGGCUGGAGGCUCACGACGGCUGGGAUGGCUUUUGUCUCUUCUUCUCACCCAUGCUGCCAUCUUCUUGGAGAAGACUGCUGGUCCAGGCUCUUCUGUCAUGCUUUACAGUAAUGAUCUUAAUCUACUUCUGGAGAAGAUUAUUGUGA